UUUCUCAAAACAAUUGCCAGAAGUGUCAAAUAAUAAUUCACAAAUAAAUACAAUUAUCAAUGAAUUACUGAUUAUUAAUAAGAAAGUUAGUCUUUUAAUUAAUGGUUCUAAUAAUGUAGGAAAUCAAAUUAAUCAUCUGAAAGCAAUUAAAAUUAAUCCAAAAGAAUUAAAUAAACUUCUAUACGAAGAAAUAAAACUUUGUACUGAAAAAUCUAUAGUGAGAAAAUUAUAUCAAGGAAAUAAUGUUGCAUGCAAAUCUACAAAUAUUGUAAAUGGAAUAUCUUUAAAUCAAAGAAUUCAGGCGCAACUUGUAAUUUUAGAAAAAUUAAAGGAGUAUCCAAAUAUUUUAAAAUUUUAUGGGCUUUCUAAUUUAGAUGACAAUCAAGUGAUGGUGUUUGAAUAG